UCUCACUCUCAACUGGAGUUUUUUAAGCUAAUCAAUGAGAUGCUCAACCGAGUUAAAACUAAUGGAACUCGCAUCACCUCAUGGAUACCAAGCUCUGUGCUACGCCAAUCCUUCUUCGAACAACUACUACACAAAAUCCAAUACUUCUUACCAUGGUUACUUCAACGUAGCAAUCAGCAUAGCUAACCAUUCUAAACCCAUCUUCCCAACACAAAUUCACUUGCCUCUCCACAGACCCAAUCACCACCUACCGCCACCGCCACUGCCACUGCCACUGCCACCGCCCAAAAAGUGGAAGAGCACCACCACCACCACCACAACAACGUCGGACGUUUUGCGUUUGAUGGAUGGACUCGGCCUUCCCAUACCCAUAGACAUCUACACAUCUCUCCUCAAAGAAUGCAUCACCACCCGGGACCCCGCCGGAGCUCUUGAUUUGAUUGCCCACAUCAACCGGAGCGGCCUCCGACCUGGGUUGCUGUUCUUUAACCGAAUCCUGUUGAUGUAUGUCUCGUGCGGGCUCGUCGACAAUGCCCGCCAUGUGUUCGACAAAAUGCCCACAAAGGAUUGUAAUUCUUGGGCGGCAAUGAUUGCCGGUUACAUGGACAAUGAUAACUACGAAGAAGUGAUAAAUUUGUUCGUAGAAAUGCGAUGCAGUCUCCAAUACCAUCAAAUCAAUGCUGACAUGCUUGGUUUCCCCGAAUCUUGGAUCAUUGUGUGCAUUUUAAAGGCGUGUGUUCAGACAAUGAAUUUGGGACUUGGGAGACAAAUUCAUGGGUGGUUAUCGAAGAUUGGUUAUUCCAAGGACUUGUUUUUAAGUAGCUCGUUGAUUAACUUGUAUGGGAAAUUCGGAUGUCUUGAAGGGGUGGACUCGGUUUUCGAUCAUAUGGCUUGUCGGAACACUGUGGUUUGGACGGCUAAAAUUGUUAAUAAAUGUAGAGAAGAGCAAUAUGAUGAGGUUCUUAAUGUGUUUAAGGAGAUGGGAAGGGAAGGAGUGAAGAAGAACGGUUUCACGUUUUCUAGUGUUCUGAGAGCGUGUGGGAAGAUGAAGGAUGAUGGGCUUUGUGGCCGGCAGGUGCAUGCCAAUGCAAUCAAACUAGGAUUGGAAUCCAAUGAUUUUGUGCAGUGUGGGUUGGUUGACAUGUAUGCGAAAUGUGGAUUACUAAAGCACGCAAGAGUGGUGUUUGAGAUGGAUGGAGAGGAGAGAAAUGCUGCGUGUUGGAAUGCCAUGCUCAUGGGUUACAUACAGCACGGAUGUUGCAUUGAGGCCAUCAAGAUUGUUUACGCGAUGAAAUCAUCUGGCUUGCAACCUCAGGAAUCAUUGCUCAAUGAAGUCAGGUGUACUUGUGGGAGUGGAUUUCUUGAGAACUAGAAAGAUGGAACUGUGUACAUGAAUCGAUUAACGCCUCCUUACUUGCAUAUAGUUCUCAUCUUUGUAUAUCAAUUCGACAAAGUAUAGAGAGGAUAGAACUUCUUUCCUUGCUAGUACCAAACUUUUGUGUUCCAGGACAGACUUCAAGACAUCAUGAGCACACAAAUACAGUGACAUUUCAUGUUCCCAUUUCGCAGUUUGAUUUCUGGUCUGGAGUUGGGAAACACCGGUGGAUCACUAUUUGUGUGUUUGGCUAAGUAUGGAAAUUAUUCAAUAGUAACACUGGCUUGCGUGAAGCUACAGAUAUGUUCAGCUAUAAUUUCAGGGUAGACAAAUACUUGUUGAUCAUGUGGAGAGAUUGCGAAGGAGUUGCCAAUGCCAGUCUUUAGAAGUUGUAAUCUCAUGCAUUCACGAGAUCACAUUGCUUUUAAGUCAGUACCAUUUCAUGUUAUGCAAACUUUUGAAUCACUCGCCAUCAUGAAAUUUAUCAUUAGAGUUGUCUAUACAAUCUAGUGUUUGUACAUUUUCUUUUGAUCACCUGUGCAUAAGGAGGAUCUUGUUUGGAGCCAGUUGUUUUCCAGCACUUUUAAUAUAUUUAUUUUUUAAAUAAAAUGUAAGAGACAUACCUUUUGUAUUAA